ACACCGGGACGCGAAGCGGAAAACGAGCGAGCGAGCGGGGCUCUCCAGUCUCCACCCCGACUCUUCGUGUCCGCUGCGAAAAAAAGGAGCUUAUCAUGGCGUCGAAGCGGAUCCUCAAGGAACUAAAGGACCUGCAGAAAGAUCCUCCAACAUCAUGCAGUGCAGGUCCUGCUGGUGAGGAUAUGUUCCAUUGGCAGGCAACCAUUAUGGGCCCUCCAGAUAGUCCCUAUGCUGGUGGUGUUUUCUUGGUGAAUAUUCAUUUCCCCCCGGACUACCCCUUCAAACCUCCAAAGGUGUCUUUUAAGACAAAGGUCUUCCAUCCAAACAUCAAUAGCAAUGGAAGCAUAUGCCUCGACAUUCUUAAGGAACAGUGGAGCCCUGCUUUGACAAUAUCUAAGGUCUUGCUUUCGAUCUGCUCGCUGCUCACUGACCCCAACCCGGACGACCCUCUUGUCCCUGAGAUUGCCCACAUGUACAAGACGGACCGUCCAAAGUAUGAGACGACAGCCCGCAGCUGGACCCAGAAGUAUGCCAUGGGAUGAAACCCCAAGUCCUGAAUUCGAAUCCACUGCUUAAAUGCAGACAAAUUUGUCCCAAGAAACUGUUUAUGGGCCAUUAUUUUCUCCGAUUCCUUGCCAGUCGUGUUGUGUCAGAUCCAUCUAGGAUCGUGUCUCGUAGCCCCGACAUCAACAUAUGAUCAUCGUCCGUCGAUAAUGAGAUAACAUAUGCUUGCCCGUGAUAAUUAUGAUAUGGUGGUGGUGAUGUUAUUUC